CCAGUUUGUUAUACAUUCCUCAUAAAAGAAGAAGAAGAUGAGCUAUAUGUUAAUAAUUACAAACAGUAAAAGUUUCCUUUCUAAAUAGUAUAUACCUUCGACACUGGAAGAAAUAUUUGUGAAUAAAUUACGGUUAUCCUGUGGUCUAGUUGGAGAUGUCACAGAAUACGAAACACCACCAGCAUGACACAGGGAGAUUCAGUGCCAUGGGUGUGAAGCAGGAGGUGAAUGAUCAUGCAACUAGUCACAGAGGUGCCCACCAUCCUCCAGAAUCAGCACACGAGGAGAAUACUGUGGCAAUGUCAUCAGUUCAACCUGUGAAAAAGCGCGGCUGGCCUAAGGGAAAGAAGAGAAAGAAGGUGCUCCCCAAUGGCCCUAAGGCUCCAGUCACAGGCUACGUGCGCUUCCUGAACGAACGCCGGGAACAGAUCCGUGCCUUGCACCCUGACCUACCCUUCCCAGAGAUCACAAAAAGGCUGGGUGCAGAGUGGAGCCGAUUGGCUCCUCAUGACAAGCAGCGCUUCCUGGACGAGGCUGAGCGGGAGAAAGUGCAGUAUGCCCGAGAACUGCGAGAAUACCAGCAGAGUGAAGCUUACCAGAUUACCACGGCAAAAGUCCAGGACAAGAAGAUCAAGAGAGAGGAGUUAUCGUCAGUAAUAAUUAACAGCUCUGGACAAACAGGAUUAAAGUCUUCAGAUUUUUCCAACGGAUUUGACAUACCCAUUUUCACUGAGGAGUUUUUGGAUCAAAAUAAGGCCCGCGAGGCGGAGCUGCGACGGCUGCGCAAGGCCAACGUGGAGUUCGAGGAGCAGAACGCCGUGCUGCAGAAGCACAUCGCCAACAUGUACAGCGCCAAGGAGCGGCUGGAGGCCGAGCUGGGCCAAGACGAGCAGCGCACCCAGGCUCUGCAGAGGCACCUGCUGGGCCUCAAACAGACGCUCGUCAGCAGCCUCUCCGGCGUGCCCCUCCCAGGUACAGGUGAGACGCCCUCGAUCAGCACCCUGGACUCCUACCUGAGCCGUCUGAGUAACGUGCUGGAGAACAGCCCCAAUGAGCACCGUGCCUUAUUGGUCAAGCUACAGGAAGUCCUCGCCCAUUUAGAUAGUGAGAAGAUGUGAGAUGACUUGCCAGGUUAAUUGGUGGUCUGCAGGUCAAAUGUGAUUGAUUAAACAUGGUAAAUAUGAUGUCCAUGUCAAUGUUUUUUUUGAAGGGUUUGAUAAAUUGUGUGUAUGAUAUUUCAUGCUGUCAUUAUUGUCUCCACUAAAGGAAAUAUGAAAUGAUUCAGAGUCUUGUUAACAAAUUAUGUCAUACUGCUGAUUAUUUGUUAUGUAUAUGCAAGAUUAAGUUUGGUUCCAAUAAAAUUCCUCUCAAGUUUUCUGCUGGUA